ACACAAAUACACUGCCAGCCAUCCUUUGAAAGCGGCGAAUCCGGCGAUAGUAUAUGUUUUGUUCACAACGCCGCUAAUCACUAAUGUAACAAAUUCUUAUCGUAGUUCACAUACCUAAACAGCCCGUAUACACCGCUUUACAAACAAACCCUGACGUUAUUACGAUAAUGUGCUAUUUUGCACUUAAUUCUCACAAGUGCACUAAUUCAAGAACGACUCAAUUGCGACAUUACCGGAUGCAAACAGUAUCUGUGCAUUUGGUCAGUACUGACGGUAAUUUACUUUUCUAAUUGAUCACUGCAUCGCUGGGAUCGAUUUCGGCUCUUGAUGUAAUAGUAAAAAUGUUGGAAUUAUUGACCAAUGACGAGAAAUCCCUGCAACGCGGUUUGCAGACAUUCGCCGUAGCAUUACAUUUAUUCAUCGUCUUCUUCCUGGGUUCGGUAAUCUUGUUAUUCUAUGUCUUUAUGCCGGUGAUCUUUUAUUUUUUCCCCAGUCGUUGGUAUAUCCUUCCGCUGUUGUACCUGGUAUGGUACGUGUACGACUGGGACCAGAGUUCACGCGGCGGUCAUCGCUGGCCGGCAUUUCAGCGCUCCAUCUUCUGGCACUGGGUGCGCGAUUAUUUUCCCGUCCGAUUAAUCAAGACCGCCGAACUGGAUCCCCGAAAAAAAUAUCUAAUGGCCGGGCAUCCCCACGGACCGACCAUGGCUUUUGGAUUCAUUACGGCCAUGUGUACGGAAGCCUUGGGAUUUCGGAAGAUGUUUCCCGGGAUCAAUGUGCGGGCAUUGGGUCAGAAGUUUAUGAUGCAGGUGCCGGUGUUGCGCGAGUACACCAUGGCGUUUGGAAUCUGUGAUGUCAGUCGGCCGAGUAUCGACUACUGGAUGGCGAAAGGGCCGGGAACGGCGGUGGCUAUUGUCAUUGGUGGAGCGCGGGAGAUCUUCGAGAUUGAUUGCCAUAAUGUGAAGUUGGUGCUGCGUACUCGCAAAGGUUUUGUCAAGGCAGCCAUUCAGCACGGGGCGGAACUCGUUCCCAUGUUUGCCUUUGGUGAGAACGACACGUACGAGCUAGCCUUCCAUCGCGACUCCAUUGUCUACCGCUUCCAGCGUUUUAUCCAGAAAAAAGUUCUGGGAUUCUGCCCGGCAUUAAUUAAAGGCCGGGGUUUCUUUGGCGGAAGCGGUCUACUGCCGAAGCGCAUUCCCAUCACCGUGGUGAUCGGAGCACCAAUACCCGUCGAAGAGAAUCCUCAUCCUUCCCAUGCGGAGAUUGACGCGCUGCACCAACGCUAUUUACAGGAGCUUCACAAACUCUUUGACACGCACAAAGCCAGCUGUGGCUAUCCCGACGCGCAGUUGUCCUACAUCGACUGAUAAUGUCACUCUUGUACAGUUCCUAACUGGUUCCUGGUGACCUCUGCCGCUUCUUGCAUUUAUUUAACCCUUAUUAUAGGAGUAGAACUGCAUGUACAAUAAGCGGCUCUUUGCAUGACGGUUGGCAGAAAAGUCUUUUCCGCUUCGGGAAUCCUUUGCGUUGUUGGAUUUAAGACUGAUUUGUUCCUUUAAGAAUCUUGUAGCUGUUUAUUACGUACAUGUAAAGAAUAAAAUCGGUGAGUUAUGAUAGUGCAGUCAAUAAACAGGUAUCUACUGUGACAAAAAUGUUGUGUCAGCUCA